UGACAUGAAAAUUGUGAUGAGGGCCUGAUAAUAAAUUAUUUAAAUUGCAAAUGUCUUAUGCUCGGGCAUCAACAGCGUGAGUACCGCUUUAACAGUACAAUGCCAUCGAUUUCCACACCCUUUGUAAGAGAACAAAACUCAGCUAUUCGGAUUCAUCUCUGAGGAUGAAGACUUCUUUACCACCUGAGUUUAGCGUAGUAUUUUUUUUGGAAGGAGUGUCAAUCCUUUUAGGAAAUAUUUUUACUAUCUUCGUUUUCUGGAAACAUCGAGCGGAGUUGAAAAGAACUUCGUAUCUUCUUGUGAAUUUAGCUGUUGCUGAUCUGUUAGUGGCAAUCAGCAUUUUCAUCGUUUUGGGCUGCGAAGUGCAAAACCUGGCUGAAGGCCAUAAUAAUUCGAUAAAACGAUGGCAAUUUACUUUUUUUAUGAUUUGGGACACGCUAUGUGAAACAGCCUCGCUGCUAAAUUUACAAGUGAUAUCACUGGAGCGUCUUUACGCAGUUCGCUGGCCUUUCCGUCAUCGCACUUUGAUCACUAGAACCUAUAUCUACAGUCUCGUCUUCGUGUGGGUUACUGGUGUGCUUGUCCCUUCGUUUAAUUUUAUUUCGUUCGCCUUUGUUGAACAUAGCAGAGUGAUUCAUAUCAUUGUUAUCUUGAUUUUCUUAGUGGUGUUAAUUCUCAUUUGUGUAGUAUAUUUCCUCAUAUUCUUGCAAACAACACAGAAUAUCCCCGACGGAUUCCACCAAAGACGCAUUCAGCAAAACAAGAAGUUGAGCAAGACUCUAUGUGUUGUCACGUUUUUCUCCCUCGUCUGCUGGUUUCCUUCUAUCGUCAUGGCUCUAGCUAUCGAUUACACAAAGUACUAUACUGCAAAUUCAUUGAACUUAUCUCACUCUUUGCAGAAUCUUUUUCUUCUUUUCAAGGUCAUGCAAUACGGGAACUCCCUCGUUAAUCCUAUAGUCUACAGCUUUCGAAUGCCAUUGUUCAAGUCAGAGUUCAAGGAUUGCUUUAUUAAAAUUUUUGGGGCAAGGAAAACUGUCAUUAGUGUAAAUCAACAGAUAGGUACGCACUCUGAGCCAAGCAGAAAAAAAAAUAUUGAUUUAGGAUUUUACGAUACGAAACUAUAAUGACUUUA